AUGGCUUCGGCGGACAGUUCACCGGUCGACCGAAAGGGCAAGGUGAACAAACGCUCUUCUAAUUCCUACACGACCGACGAGUGGCGAAGGCAUCGCCCGUUGAUUACCCAAUUAUAUUUUGAGGAAGGCCGGACGCUCAAGGAUGUGGCCGAGUAUCUGAAGAGGGAAUUUGAUUUUGCGCCCACUGAGCGAAUGUAUAAAAGCCGACUCCACACAUGGGGCCUGGAUAAGAAGAAAAAGGAACAUGAGAUGCUUGAUUUGGUCCGGCAAGGACUGCAGGCAAAGGGCGAUGACAAGGACAAAGUUUUCCUCGUCCGAGGAAGGCAGGUCACUCUCGCCGACGCUCUCCACUACUUCAACCGAAAAGGUAUCAAAGAUCCGUCCAGCCUCCUGGAGCCUCAAGCCGAAACCAGUGGGGAACGCUCGUCACCUGAAGAUACUGACUUAAAAACUCCGCCCUCGUCUCAUGAUGACCUCCUGGAUACUCCCCAAGCCGUUUCCGAUUACGAGAUGACGAGAAGUCACAUGGACAUGGAUGACCACGAGAAGGCCGCCAUACCUCUUACCCUUAAACCUUCCGAUAUUGCCGAGAGUCGCCUUGCCGCGUUACAAGUUGUCUUGAACAUACCCAACCUGUCGCCCCUGCCUCCCUUCCGGACGCUGUCAGUCGAGUCGACAGUCGCCCAAACGAACGCCUCACCGGAGGACCAACGAUAUCUCGACAUGAUUUUCCAAAACCUGCAGAAUCACUACCUCAGCCUGUUCACGGCCCGAAAUGUCUCCAUCCACAAUACCACCGGAAAAUGGACGGCCACAUCAGAUGAUGCUCUUGCGGACCGCUUUUACUAUUCCAUGUAUCAUGGCUAUUCAUUCCUCUGGAAUGGGCAGAGAGAUCGGGCAUUCGAUAACUUCUACAAGGCCUUUGCCCUGAUCGAGGGUCUUCUCAAAGAUGACCAUGUGGGGUUUAUGAUCUACAUUUUUGAUCUAAUAAUUCGACAUGAUGGAACCGGUUAUGAGGAGCCACUGCUGAUGCUUCUCCAGCACCUGGCCGACAUGGCCAAGGCGGUGUUUGAAUCGGAAGAACACCCCAUAUACCUGGUCGCGAAUUAUAUGCACCACGCCACCGUAUCCCGAGCGUGGUUGGCCGAGGCCAGUCUCCGAAGACUACUCGACUUUUUUCAGGACAGCAUAGGAUACUUCCAUCCCGAAACCAUUGCUUUACUACAAACCUUUGCCACCGGUCUGAUGAACCGAGAAAGAUUUGCCGAGGCCGCCGUCAGAUUUCAACAACUGGUGGACGCCUUUGAAACCACGCUGAAUAAACGAUGUUAUGAAGUUUGCUACGCCUUACGUUCCACCUCGGAGGCGUAUUUCCACCUGGACCAAUAUCAACAGGCUCUCCAAGCCCUGAAGGUGGCACUGGAACGAGCAGAAACGCUGCCCCGGCUGGAGGAGCGAGAAAUCUAUGUGCGUUGUCUUCGCGGAAUGGCAGAAAUCUCUCAUAAACUGGGCCGUCGAAAUGAGGCCAAUGAGACGAUGCAACACGUGGUUGAUAUCUGUCGUGAUGCUUUCGGACCUGACCAUCCAUUUACCAACCGGGCCAAGAUGCAUCUCAAAUCAAUCCUGAAGGGUGACGUGACGAGCGAAUCGGCCAUUCCACCGAUGGUAUACAGAUUGGGUCGCGGAGGAAGCGCAGCCAAAUAUAUCUGGAUAUCGAGGUCAAGCCCGACCCGACUGCAAGCCUGA